AUGAAGCGACAACGCUCUGUAUCUGAUCUAGUGGAUGGACAACGUGAAUCAAGGACGAGGACGAUCAGACGGCGGGCCACGCUCUUCGAUGUAGUAGCGGGGAGAGUCACCGACAGGAGCGUCAUGGGAAGCAUGGCGAAUAGAAAGCAUAGAGACACCAAGCAAGCUCUUGCGCCUUUGCGGCCAGACGAGGUUCUUUACAAAGUCUCAAACGCCCCCGACAGGUUCGCAGAGACCGAUCAGUACUUUGCCCAUAGGAAUCUUCCUUCGCAGCUUGUCCUGCCGGAUUCUGACCUGCUAGCAUCAAUCCACGCGUACGUCUCCCAGUACUGCGCGGCUAUGCCCAGAAACGAUCGCGACAAGGCCUGGAGAUCUAUGGACGAAACUGCACUUCUUGCUAUGGGUGUCCUCAUUGAAGAAACGGUGCGUGAAUCUAUUGGAGAGACCGGGGAUCUAGUCUUUGUCGAAGGCGAAGUCAACGAUGGCCCCUCAGCCAUCGAGACCAGAGUGAAAACUACGCCUGGCCACGAUAGGAGCGACCCCGACGUUUGA